CAGAUUUUAUUAACAGAUAUAUCUAAUAGUUUACUUGGUAUUGGUACAUUACAGUUUUGUACAACUAAUUUAAAUAAAUAAUUUAUUUGAAUUUUAUAAUGGCCGAAAGUGAUACUAAAGAUGUAAUUAUCCGAAAAGCUGAAGUAAGAGACAUGAUGCAAGUAUUCCAAAUGAUAAAGGAACUUGCAGAAUACGAAAAAGUUCACAAAUUAAGAAUUGAUCAAAAAACAUUGGAAAAAGAUUACUCAGAAAACUCUUCAGGCUUUCAGUGUGUAGUCGCAGAAACGUCUGACAACAGGUUGGUAGGAUAUGCUGUAUAUUCUGAUAUGUAUUCCACUUGGGACGGCAAAGCAGUAUAUUUGGAGGGAUUGUAUGUGAAACCAGACUACAGGGGUAGUACUAUUGAAAAAAAUUUGUUCCUGACAGUAAUGAAAAAUGCUCAUGCUAGCGGUUGUAAACGUGGAUUUUUUCACGUUGUGAACUGGAAUCCAACUAUAAAAGUAUACCAAGAGCUAGGAGCUACUAAUGUUACUCAAAAGGACAAGUUCAAUGUUUUUAGAAUGGAAACGGAAGCUUUGCACAAACUCUUUGCCUAAAU